AUGGGAGCAAAAACAAGUACCGUAGCACAGGCUACGGGUGGGAAUGGACAGUCUUCCACCGGUUCAACAGCAACAAAUGAUUCUACAGCUACGACAAUGCAGGGUUUUUCAAUAUUACGUUCACUACCUGGCGGUGUUAGCUUACUACAGCAUCAUAAUCAACAGAAUAAUCAAACACAGUCGUCUCGAGUUGCUGGUGACAAUCGACAACGAGCUAGAUCUUUGAGUUCAGUGCCAGAUUUGUCGGGGGAGCAGGCAGCUAACCUGGCAAACACUGUUGGUUUGAAUGUUGGACAAGCGCUUGGAUUAGGUAAUCUUGACUCUGACGACGGUGAUGAGGACAGUGGUAGAGUUUAUGCCACCCACAGCUUGCCUUCACACAUCUGGUCUUUCAAUGGUCUCAAAUGCCCUGUUUGCUCCAAAUUUAUUCUACCAGAUGACAUUGAAUGUCAUUUGGUGAUGUGCCUGACAAAACCACGUCUUAGCUACAACGAGGAUGUACUAGCCGAUGAGAAAGGAGAAUGUGUUAUUUGCCUGGAGGAUUUACAACCAGGUGAUGUGAUAGCCCGCUUACCUUGUUUAUGUAUAUAUCACAAAAACUGCAUUGAUAAAUGGUUUCAAGUAAAUCGCAGCUGUCCUGAACAUCCUGGUGAUUGA